AUGGGUCCAGUAAAUGUAUUGAAAGAAUAUUUUUCAUUGUGGGGCAUUCCUGCGAAACUAGUCACAGAUAAUGGUCCAUCUUUAUGUUCUGCAGACUUUGAAUUAUUUUUAAAAAAUAAUGGAGUUUAUCGUAUUAAGACGUCACCUUACAAUCCAUCAUCUAAUGGUGCUGCUGAAAAUUUAGUUCGUACGUUUAAAAAGUAUUUAAAAAAAUGUUCACAAGAUUCAGAUAUAGAGAUUAAUAUUUAUAAGUUUAAUUUAUCGUAUAAUAGUUCAAAACAUUGUGCAACAGGGGUCAGUCCAGCGGAAUUGCAUUUGGGUAGGAAAUUAUUUACUUCAUUUGAUAGGUUACUUCCUUAUGCAAAAAGUAAUUAUAAUAAAAGUUUAGUAAAUGCAGCUAAAAAUUAUAGAGGUGGUAGAGUAAAACAGUUUCAUAUUAAUGAUAAAGUGAUGUGCAAAAAUUAUGGAAAGGGGGAUAAAUGGCUACCAGGAGUAAUUUAUAAAAUCUUAUCUCCAGUUACAUAUUUAGUAAAUAUGAAUGGGGUAGGUGUGUGGAAACGCCACAUAAAUCAAAUCGUUGAGAGAGUAGAGUCUCAGGAUAGAGUGUUAAUAGUACCUACUCAAGGAAAAGAAAUUACUGAUGUAUGCAGUAGUGACUCUGUUGGGGUUAAGGACUUACAAAAUGGUGAAGAGUUAGUUAGGGAAAAAGAGUUGGAGCCAACCAGCUCGGAGGAACUUGUAGGCUCAGGAGUAGUUGUAUUUAUAUUGUACAGUGAAUUAUUUAUUUGUACAAAGCUAUCUUCUUCUGAAACAUUAGAAGCAUUGUCUGUCUGGACUGUCCCAAUGAUAGUCGAUGGUGUAGAAAUAUUGCCUGUUGUUCUAGAAAUUUAA